AUGCAUUGAUAUCGAUAGUAUCGCAAUAUCCCUUAUGUUCGUUCAUUCAUGGUAUGAUGAUAAUUUUGGGAUUACAGAUUAUUACAGACAGUACUGUCACUACUGUCAGUUCCGUUUUCAGUUUCAGUCAGUACUAAUCUUAUUGAUAGUGAAUUCAGAAGUAUGUCAAGAAAUUUUCUGUGUAAAAUUAAUAACAUUCUCUAAUUGAAUUGAUUCAGUUCUGUGCCUGUGCCUUCUUUUAAUAAAGUACUGUAAUGUCUGACAAAAACCUACAAAGUGACAUUGAUACCCUAUUACCUGCUGAACUUAUUGUUGGGUUGCAAUUGUUGAUUGCUGCGAGGAAUAAUGCCAUACAAACAAUCAUAAGGAAUACAUGGGAUUUAAUUAAGAGACGGCGGAUCCAGCUUAGGAGGAGGCGCGAUGUCCGGAAACGAAUGCUUCGUACACGCCGUCUUCUGUGUCCCUCCUACUUUAUCGAUGCACUAGUUGCUAAUCAUCCAGCCAGAGUUAGAAGGAUUGGCAGUAAACUGAGAACUAAAAGAUGGUGGCAAAUGAUCCAGGAAUCAGCUUCGGACAACACCUGGUUAGAACAUUUUCAUAUGUCGAAGAACACCUUCUACGGGAUUGUAGGGAAACUAGAAAAUUGUGAUACAUUAGUUGUGUUACUAAACAGAAAAGGUUCACUAGAUGUCAGCACAAAAGUGGCCAUAGCAAUCUACAAGUUGGCAAAUGCUUGUGAAUACUCAGUAGUCGGAAACCUAUUUGGUGUUCAUAAAAGCACUGUUUUUGUCUGCCUGAAUCAGGUUUGCAAAGCUAUAAAUGAUUUCCUUCUUCCUAUACACGUUAGAAUGCCCACUUUAGAAGAAGCUUUAGACAUUGCCGAUGAUUUUGAAGGAUUUUGUGGCCUUCCCCAAGUGAUUGGAGCUGUUGACUGCACCCAUAUUCCUAUCAACCCACCAACCAAAAACUGCACAGACUACAAAAAUGAAAAGGAUUGGUCUUCAAUGAUUUUACAAGCAGUCGUUGAUAACAAGUAUAUGUUUAGAAACAUUUCUUGCAACAAACCAGGUACAAGUCAUCAUGCGUUGGUUUUGACAGAUUCUGAACUGUGCCGAAAUGUAGAAGACUAUCUUCCUUCGGCUCCAAAAUACAUAGAAGAUGGCUGUAUUGAUUUUUAUUUAGUUGGGAGUAAAUCACAUCCAACACUUCCUUGGCUACUUACUCCGUAUGCAGAACCCUGUGAUGAGUACAAAGAGUCAUUCAACCUUUACCUUGAAUCUGCAAGAGAAGUCACUGAUUGUGGUUUUGGACGGCUCAAAGGAAGAUUCCGUUGUCUCAGUAAGAGUUCAGAUUUCUUAGCGAAAUCAAUUCCACUCAUUGUGCCAACAUGUGUCACGUUGCACAACAUCGUCGAGUCUGUAGAGGAUGGUUUUUCAGUUAACUGGCUGGAAAGUCUACAGGAAGAUGAAUUAAAAUUUUCACAGCCGAGUUGUCCUAGUGUUCAAGACAUUGGUAUACCUGAAAAUGAAUGUCCUUUGAGGGAUAUUGUGAUGGACUUUAUGAGUAAAAAUUACGAACUAAGGCACAAAAUGGAAUAGAGUCAAAAGAACCUACCAGUUUAGUGUAAGAAGGAGAUUAAUUUAGCUUUAAUUCUGUAGAACAUUCAAUUGAUGUCUUUACAGUAUACAGUUUUGGAAACCUGAAAUUAUACACUAAUAAACUUACACUAACAAAAAUUCUUAUUGGUCGAUUGUUUAGCAUUGUAAAAUACUGUAUGUCAGACAUAUAGUUUAACUGUAUUUUUUUACUAUUUGAUCUCAAGAAAGUAUGUUAAUUUUCAUGUUUAAAAGUGAUAUUAAAGCAAUUGUUUAGUAAAAAAGUAGUACUUGUGUAAUUCUAAAUACCACCGCUGCAGCAAACCUGCAUACUAAGCGAAUUUCAGUUAUAACAAGACAUAUUUAUUUCCAAUUUAAAUAAUAGAUUUUACGAGUUUUUUUGCUACGGGACAGGGAAGGUAAAAGUAUGUUUUUUUUUUCUUUGCCAAGUUUGAUCAACAUACAUCCAUACACUAGCAAACUAUAACAGUGAUUGUUAUAAGAAUAACAUGGGAUCUUAGAUGGUGUACAGUUAUUUUUGUAUUUUAUCCAUAACCUUUAGUUUUACUACAACUCUUUAACCCUUUUGAUGCAAGAAUUUUUUUGUAAUUUUCUUAAAAAUGCUAGAGUUAUUUACUGUACUUAUUUUGUCCGAAUGUGCUAGGCUUGACUCGGGGCAAAGUCUAGUGUUUGAAAAAAAUCGGUAAACUGUUCUUCCCUUUGAUCUCCAGUUGAUAGGCCAAAGGAUCUCAUAGGCAGACCUUGUAGGGCUGGGCACAAAAAUAUCACGUGGAAGGAUGUCUCCUCCUCCUCUCCACAUUUCCUACAUAAGAGGCUAUCAACUUUGAUUCCCAUCUUGUGUAGAUGUCCGCGAAAUAACCAAUGGCCGCUAAUGAAGCCAACCACCUUCCGCAAGGUCUUCCUAUUCAGCCCAAGAGCAUCUGCCACUAUCGCACCGAUAGGUGUCUGCAGCAUUCUCUUUGUACGUUGCCUUCUGUUUCUUCCUAGCUCCUUAAAUGUUCUAUGCCCAUCCCACGGAUAACCACAUGUCGGUUCUGGACCCAUGAGCGGGCUUUCAGCUCCUUUGUUUGCCCACUUGUCAUUUCCUUCAUUGCCAGCUUCUAGCUCUACAUGAUGGUCGCAAUUGUGAACUGAGCAUUUCCAUUUAUUAAGAGUAAAAGCUUGAAAAAAUCAUUGGAAAUGUUAAAACUCCAUAGCUCCAUGCCCCGUUCCUAUGACCCGAUGUUGCUGAAAAAACUCAAUUCAGUCAAAUCAAGUCAAGUCAAAUUUCAUCAAAAUUGGACUUAAAAUACUCGAGUUAUCACGUCUACGAACACAUCUGAUUUUAAUUUUCUCUCUGGUAUGUUUUCAACCACAUGUUCUCAUUCAAAAUUCAGUAAUUUGUAAACGGUUUACUUUCAUAUUUAUUUUGUUCAUUAUUUUUACAUGUUAAUUUUUGUCUUCUCUUUGCUUCAAAACUGUUCUAUAAUGAACGAAAAUUAGCACUGUUCAUAUUCCAUUGUCCAUCAUUAUCUACGAAUGUAAAAGAAUCUAAUUAAAUAUACAGCCGCAUGUGUAACUCACCGACUCCCUGACUGACUUAUCAGGUAUACACAUUCUAACAUACUUCUAGAAGAGCUACGCAUCUGAAAUUUAGUACAUAGGUCUCGGUCCUAAACCACCCAGAAAGCCUCAAUGCGAAACGCAUUUAAUUCCGCGAGGUGGUGUGAUAUGCUGGAUGCUCUGGAGAACACCUUCCACGUUCCGGCAUACCUCUUGCGUAUCAUAGAGGAUUAUCUCCGGUUCCGCCUCCUCAUGUAUGACACUACAGAAGGCCCACGGACGAUGAGUGUCACUUCCGGUGCUGCCCAAGGUUCCAUACUCGGCCCAGACCUCUGGAAUGUCGGGUAUGGCAGCCUUCUGAAUUCAGGUCUGAGGAAACUAUUUUAAAAGGUUAAAUUACCUGUGUCCGCCAGUCGAUCCUCAUAAGGAUCGACUGGCGGACACAGGUAGUUUAACCUUUUAUUGUAUGUCAUACCGAUCCGGAACAACAACAAACAACAUAAAAUGAAGAAACUAUUUUGAUUGGGUACGUAGAUGACGUUGCAGUUUUGAUAGCUAAACGUAGCGCGAGCUGGCUCAGAAAAAGCUGAACAGAGUUAUGCGUACCAUAAACGCAUAGAUGGCAGACCACGGUCUCUCGCUCAAAACUGAGAUCGUGAUAUUAACAAAAAAGCUGAUUGACACCAUCGUGCCGUUCGUGAUUUAGCUGUGUGCAUUAGGUACCGGUACGUCCGUAUUUUAAGACCAAAAUCAUGAAAAUCGGGCGGGUAGAAGAGCCUAACGAAUUCGUAAAAAAACAAAUUUAACUCCCUUAAGAAAUGUACGGGGAGGCAGUUUGUGCAUAGCUCGAAAUAUAUGUCAAAACGAAUGCCGAUGCUUGAUGGCAAAUCUGUGGUACGUCCAUACCUUUAGUUUAAGGCCGAAAAUUAUGAAAAUCGGUCGGGUAGAAGAGCUAACCCGAUUUGAAAAAGAAAAAACCAAUAAUUUUUAUAGAUGGCAAUAAUUGGUUUCUAAUCAUACGAAACGUGUGUUAAUAAUUCAACAGCUUAUUGUCAUAUUGUUAUGUAAUUGAUCAUAUUCAUCAUUGAUUGUGAUUGAUCAUCAUAUUGACACUAUUGACAGGUUUGGAACUAUUGUGAUAUAUUUUCGUUUACAGUCCAAACCAUUAAACAGGUUCUUUUAUUAUACCUUAAAAUUUAUCAUUGUUUUUAUAUCCUAGGUAGCCUAAAUAAAGUAUUCACAGUAUAAGUUAACAAAAAAGUACUAGACCUAUUACUAUUAUCAGGUUAAGUAGGCUAAUACAGUUCAAUUUCGUUUCUAAAAUUCAUGGUAGGGAGUGAAACUAUUUGGCAUUUUGAAAGAACCAUUUAACUCUUUUGCAUACUGACCCCGUUGCAAGGCACAAACUAGCGAAUACAAAUAGUAGCGCCAGUCAAAUUUUUAAGCGACCGACGCUACUAAUUGGGACCGACGGGAUUGAUUUUAGCGAAUUUCCCUAUAGGGAAGUAGCUAUUACCAUAGUACUCAUGGUAAGACCUGGACCCGGGACCGAUUUAAUUUUUCAUUUUGAGGUCCCUAUAGGCCAAAAACACCAUCAGUUCAAAUUCAUAAAUAUAUUUGUUUAUAUAUAUGUGUCUGUUAGCGCGAUAACUCGAGCAAAAAUGAAAUUUGGUACAAACGUGUAAACCUACGUUUAUUUGAACGAGUUCGCAAUCCAGCAAAAUCGGACAUGGGAACAGGGGUUUAUGGUGGGUUUUAUGGGAUAAAAAUUGGGUUUUCCCAUUUUUGACCCUAAAAACAGAAAAUUUUGCAAUUUCUUUUUAAACUGUUUUGUAGAGCUUAAAAAAAGAAAUAAUUUACUAUACCC